AAUCAAUAUCCAUGUUCGUUUAUUAUGAGGGAGAACCUCAGUAAAGAAAAUUAUGGAAGAGUUAACAAACCUUGAUCAUUUUAACGAGCAAGAGCACCCCUGAAACUCACAUGAUAUUGCUAUAUAUAUAUAUAGCGUUACGAGUAGUUAAUUAGCUCGGCCCAUCUCUCACAUGUCGAUCAGAAGUUUUGGUAAUCCAAUUUGGUUGCGUCAAUGCAUGCCCUUGCUGAAAACAGGAAGACUGAAUAGCCUUGUCAAGCAACAUGAAGAUUUCAAUGUGUCAUGUGAAACAAAUGAUGGGUCCUCUUGUGGCCACAGAGUAGUUUUAAGUACCCAUCACUCCUUCCCUCCCACUCAAUACCCUGCCAUUCCACUGCUCCACAAUUCCGCUCUCGUAAUUCCUUCCUCCCUCCCUCCCUCCCUUGAUCCAAAGAUGCUCCCGAGAACUCAGAGCAUCUUCCAUGUAGGGGAGGAAGUCUGGGAGGCCACGGAGCCCAGUGCGGCCGUCGGAGAGCUCGAACGCAGCUCGAGAGGAGCAAUCGAGCGACUCGAAGGGCUUCGGAUUCUCAUUCAGCAUUCCGUGCGCCAAUCGAACGUCGUGAUCAAGUCUUGCCUCAAGCCCUGCGCGCCUCAUCAUUUGCUCAGCCUCGGGGCUUCUUCCUCUGCCACGCAGUUGGGCUUUCUGAAAACUUGCUUCCUGUGCAAAUCUGAGCUGAGUCCUCAUAAGGAUGUGUAUAUGUAUAGCAGGGGGGAUCAGGGAUUUUGCAGCGAAGAAUGUCGAGGCCAGCAAAUUUUGAUUGAUGAGAGAAAAGAGAUGGAAUUGCUGAGCACGAGGGAGAGGUUGAAGGCUAUUCAUCAUCGUCGUCUGCGCGAAUCUGGUCGUCAUAAGAGAAGGAUUUUGGUAGCGGCAUAGAACGGAAUUUGAAGAAAUAAAAGAUAAGAUGCGCGCGUAUUUUAAUAAUCUUUGCUUGAAACAUAAAUGAACGGAAAUUUUUGAAGAAUGUGGAAGGAUGGCAUUGCACCAUUGCUUGUUGUACCUUGUCAAUUGAAUUAUGAUGUGCGAGUAUAUAUGAUUUGUGGCUAAUAAACUGGCAAAUGACUCCCGAAUA